AUGGCAAGUUUUGGAUCCCUGCCCCUCGAGCUGAGGAACAUGAUCUACGACUACGCGCUGGACGACGACCACGACAUCUUCGCCAAUGGCUUACCAUCACUGUUGAAGGUCUGUCCAGAAAUCACGAGAGAGAUCUACUCCUAUCGAGACAUCGUGACAACGGUUGUCAUCACCGAUGAGACCNCCCAGGCAUAUGAAGAGUCAGCAAAACCCAUGUUGUCUAGAUUCAUCGACACAACCAUAAGAUUCGGCCAGAAAAGGGACACCAGAGAGCUCGUGGUCAAGUUCAAGCCCCAGGCACGUUCGAUCACAGCGGAGUCUGGUACUCACAGGGAAGCAGUUCGAGUUCGCGCCCUUAUGAAUAAUUUUAGGGUCGAGAACAGAGCGAAUUUCUACUGGAUGAGACUUAAUCUAGCCUGUGCAUCUGGAAAGGUGUCUCAUGAGGAGAUGAAGCUAUCGAUUGGUGAGAAGAUGAAACCAUUUAUUGAAAAUGGAUCUGAGAUAGCAUCACAGUCUGGGAGUGGAGUCAAGCAACCUUGA